UCCCUCUUUAAUUAUCCUAACUUGUUGUAAUUUGUCCUUUGUUAUGGUUACAUUCUUUGAUGUCAAUCUCAAAAACACUCUCUCUAGAUUGGUUCAACAAUGCAAGAACCUUAGAGAAAUCAAAAUUGUUCAUACCCAGAUUCUAAAGUCCCCAACUUUACAUACUAAUGACCAAUAUUAUCUCAUUACCCGUUUACUUUUCUCAUGCUCCUUCUCCAAUUAUGCUUCUUUGUUCUAUGCCAACAAUGUCUUCCACAUGAUCAAGAACCCAGAUAUUCGUGUCUACAACAUCAUGAUUAGAGCAUAUGGAUGCAUUCAUGAAGGUGAUGAUGAUGAUGACCGUUAUUUUAAUGGUUUGGUGUUGUAUAAGCAAAUGCUUAACAGGGGGAUUGUGCCAAAUAACCUCACUUUCCCUUUUCUUGUAAAGGGUUGCAAUAGGUUGCAGUGUGGUGCUACUGCUGGCCAAGUUGUUCAUGCACAGGGGUUAAAGUUUGGAUUUUUGAAUGAUGUUUUUGUUGGGAAUUCCUUGAUUAGUUUGUUUAUGAAUUUUGGGAUUUUGAAUGAUGCAAGGAAGCUGUUUGAUGAAAUGUUUGUUAGAGAUGUUGUCACUUGGAACUCGAUGGUUGUUGGGUAUUUGAGAAACGGGGAGCUUGGCAUGGCAUUGGAUUUGUUUAGAAAUAUGAAUGGAAGGAAUAUUAUAACAUGGAAUUCGAUUAUUACAGGGUUGGUUCAAGCUGGCCAUGCAAAGGAGUCACUGGAACUUUUCCAUGAAAUGCAGUUUUUGAGCGGUGAUAAUGUUGUUAAACCGGAUAAGAUUACAAUAGCUAGUGUCCUUUCAGCUUGUGCUCAACUAGGUUCUAUUGACCAUGGGAGAUGGGUGCAUGCAUAUUUAAGAAAAAACAAUAUAGAAUGUGAUGUGGUGAUUGGAACAGCACUUGUCAAUAUGUAUGGCAAAUGUGGAAAUGUGAAACAGGCAUUUGAGAUCUUCAACAACAUGCCUGAGAAGGAUGCCUCGGCAUGGACGGCGAUGAUUUCGGUUUUUGCUCUCCAUGGAUUAGGAAUGAAGGCUUUUGAUUGUUUUUUAGAGAUGGAAAGGGCUAGAGUAAAGCCUAACCAUGUGACGUUUGUUGGACUAUUGUCAGCUUGUUCGCAUUCUGGUUUGGUAGAUCAAGGUCGCUGGUGCUUUGAUGUAAUGAAACAUGUUUACUCGAUUGAACCACAAAUCUAUCACUAUGCUUGCAUGGUUGAUAUUCUUAGUCGAGCGAGGCUCUUCGAUGAAGCAAUGAUUCUAAUUAGAAGCAUGCCAAUGAAGCCAGAUGUUUAUGUAUGGGGUGCAUUACUUGGUGGUUGUCAGAUGUAUGGAAAUACAGAGUUAGGAGAAAAAGUAGCUUGUCAUUUGUUAGAUUUGGAGCCUCUUAAUCAUGCUUUCUAUAUGAACUUAUGUGAUAUAUAUGCCAAAACUGGUAGAUUCGACGCCGCAAAAAGAGUAAGGAAUUUGAUGAAAGAAAGAAGAACUGAAACAAAAGUCCCGGGUUGUAGCAUGAUUGAAAUCAACGGAGUAGUUCAAGAAUUUUCGGUUGGAGGAUCUUUUGAACUUCCCAUGAAAGAACUUACAUUGGUCUUGGAUAGAUUAAGCAAUGAGAUGAAAAUAUGAAUUCAGUGAGUUGCCAAGGGAACUUCUGAAGCAAAAUUCGGCUUGUUAUAUAGCAAAAUCCGCCCUUGAUUAUUUGAGCACUCAAGUCGUCCUCUCAGUGUCAACAGCUGUACCAUAUAAGCUUGGUAUUUAUGUAUUGUCAUUUGGUAUAAGAUUGCUGCUUUGUUAUCUGUUAUUUCUUGAUAUGUAUUGCAUCUGUUUUUGCCUUUUGAAACCAUAUAUUUUUUUUAAAUUGAAGACACAGUUCAGCGGUUGCAAAUGCAUUGUUUGUGGCCAUUGUAACCAAUAUUCUUUUUUCUUGAGAACCCUGUGAGUUUUGGUGCUUCCAUUGAUGGAUAUUAGGUAUUUUUUUAUUUGAUUUGUAAAAAUACAUAGUUUCAGUUGCUAGUUUUGAUCCAGGAAGAUCCUUUUGUAUAAAAAUUUCAUUUAAUAUUUAUUGCACUGUUUUGGAUGCUUGCUGAUGGAAAGCCACAUUCUUUACUUGUAAUGCAUAAGGUGCUUUGAAGAACCUACAUUAAUCACCUAAGGAUUUUCUCUGGUUUUCUCUUUUCUGCAUCUCUAGCAUGCUGCCACCACAAGGAAGUUUUCAGUUAGAAAUGGAGCCAGACAUUAUUUCAACAGGGUGCUCAUAUUGAUCACGAUAGUAUUGUUUUCAAUGGAGACAGCUCGCCAGCAAUUGACAAAAAGAAAAAGACAACUUGCUCAUCUUCAAGUGAGUGCCAACGAAAAGAUGUAAAAAGUUUUAGAAUAGAUAAUUAGAAGCAUGUUUAAGGGAGUGGAGCCAAUUAGUGCAUCCGACUAAAGUUGGAGGAUGUUUCAAGUGUAAUGUACAAUAUAAUAUAAUGGUUGGAGACUCGUAUUCAUGAGAUACUUUAGUGAGGAGAAAUAAUUGGCAAUUGUCUAUUGAGU